GUUGGCGGUAGAACGCCCUAAGGACCCCCUCCCCGCGAUACGGAGGGCGGACUCGGGACAGGGAAUUGGCUCUGGGAGAAAACGCGCGGGGAGCGUCCGAGACGAGACGCCCAGUGAAAGCCGUGCCGACCCUUGAGGGGACUGACAGGUCUAGGGAGACGCGCUGUCUGUUGUGGUGGGCCUCCCCGGAAUAAGUGAGGGCUCUGUUUCAAGGAUGAUUCUAGCGCAGAGCCGGGCUUCCGCCGGGGUGGGCUCCCCGCAUUGUUCGGGCUCUGGCGUGGGCGGCUCUGAUUACUUUCCACGGCCCGCCCCCCACCUCGGGAAGCCUCAGUGCUCCUUUUCCACGGCUUUCCUGGCGUCCCCCUGACUCUCCCGCGGCACUUUCGCCUACCUCCCCCCAACGCCCUGGUCCUCCCUGGCGACCCCCUUUGCACUCUCGGGGUCCUCCUGCCCCUCCCGCGGCGCGCCUCCCACAGCGCGUGCCCUCUGCCCGGAGCUGGGGACCAAGGCUGCGCCCCGCCGGCCGCAUCGGUGGGAACUUCCGCGGUCCCCAUCCCAGGGCGCACAGGGUCCAGCUCCCCGGCGCCGACUCAUGGAAACAAUGAAAGGUAUUGUUGCAGCAUCUGGCAGUGAGACUGAGGAUGAGGACAGCAUGGACAUUCCUUUGGACCUUUCUUCAUCCGCUGGCUCAGGCAAGAGAAGGAGAAGGGGCAACCUACCCAAGGAGUCUGUGCAGAUUCUUCGGGAUUGGCUGUAUGAGCAUCGUUACAAUGCCUAUCCUUCCGAGCAAGAGAAAGCAUUGCUGUCCCAGCAAACACACCUGUCUACACUACAGGUCUGUAACUGGUUCAUCAACGCCCGCCGCAGGCUCCUCCCUGACAUGCUGAGAAAGGAUGGCAAAGAUCCAAAUCAGUUCACAAUUUCCCGCCGUGGGGCCAAGAUUUCUGACACGAGCUCUGUGGAGUCCGUGAUGGGCAUCAAAAACUUCAUGCCAGCUCUAGAGGAGACCCCUUUUCAUUCCUGUACAGCUGGGCCAAACCCAACCCUCGGGAGGCCACUGUCUCCUAAGCCGUCAUCCCCGGGAUCAGUUUUGGCUCGUCCAUCGGUGAUCUGCCAUACCACUGUGACUGCAUUGAAAGAUGUCCCUUUCUCUCUCUGCCAGUCAGUUGGUGUGGGACACAACACAGAUAUACAGCAGAUAGCGGCCAACAACUUUACAGACACCUCUCUCAUGUACCCAGAGGACACGUGUAAAUCUGGACCAAGUACAAAUACACAGAGUGGUCUUUUCAACACUCCUCCCCCUACUCCACCGGACCUCAACCAGGACUUUAGUGGAUUUCAGCUUCUAGUGGAUGUUGCACUCAAACGGGCUGCAGAGAUGGAGCUUCAGGCAAAACUUACAGCUUAACCCAUUUUCAAGCAAAACAGUUCUCAGAAAUGUCAUGAUUGCCGGGGUGAAGGCAAGAGAUGAAUUGCAUUAUUUUAUAUAUUUUUUAUUAAUAUUUGCACAUGGGAUUGCUAAAACAGCUUCCUGUUACUGAGAUGUCUUCAAUGGAAUACAGUCAUUCCAAGAACUAUAAACUCAAAGCUACUGUAGAAACAAAGGGUUUUCUUUUUUAAAUGUUUCUUGGUAGAUUAUUCAUAAUGUGAGAUGGUUCCCAAUAUCAUGUGAUUUUUUUUUUUCCUCCCCUUACCCUUUUUUGUUAUUUUUUCAGACUGUGCAAUACUUAGAGAACCUAUAGCAUCUUCUCAUUCCCAUGUGGAACAGGAUGCCCACAUACUGUCUAAUUAAUAAAUUUUCAAUUUUUUUUCAAACAAGUAUGAAUCUAGUUGAUUGAUGCCUUUUUUUCAUGACAAUAAAGUAUUUUCUUUAAAAA